UCGAUAUCAGAUGAUUUGGUAAAAAAAUACCGGUCUUUUAAGCUGUGUAAUGCAAAGGGUUCCUCGGACCUAUGCAUUGACGACUUGCCUAAUGAAAUAGCUCUGAACGAGCCACGUUUUAUACUGAUCAGCUAUGAACUCCAUCAUGAUGAUGGGCGCGUAUCGUACCCGUAUUGUCUUAUUUUCUCUAGCCCUAGAGGUACGUUCUUCCAGCUGUGUAUGCUUGUAAGUCGCGCACACAUUGGGGAACACACUCAGACAAGGCCGCUUGCACGACAGACAACAUGGCUAGUGAAGAAGUUAAUUAUCAAGAUGAAUGAAUGCGCGUUUAAGGGGGUCAUCAUUUUUAAUGGCUCUGCCUAA